UCGCGGCACGGCUAACGGCCUGGUCACAUGCUCUCCCGAGAGCUACGGGAGGGCGCUGGGUAACCUCUACCCGAGCCGCGGCUGCGAGGAGGAGGGAAAAGGCGAGCGAGGAGGAAGAGUGGGAGGAGGAGGGGAAGCGGCGGAGAAGAGGAGGAGGGGAGCACAAAGAAUCCAGGUCUCCCGGCGGGAGGUUUAUACGGAGAACCAUGUGUGCCGAGAGGCUGGGCCAGUUCGUGACCCUGGCUUUGGUGUUAGCCACCUUCGACCCGGUGCGGGGCACCGAUGCCACCAACCCACCCGAAGGUCCCCAAGACAGAAGCUCCCAGCAGAAAGGUCGCCUGUCCCUGCAGAACACAGCGGAGAUCCAGCACUGUUUGGUCAACGCAGGUGAUGUAGGGUGUGGCGUUUUUGAAUGUUUCGAGAACAACUCUUGUGAGAUUCGGGGCUUACAUGGAAUUUGCAUGACUUUUCUGCACAACGCUGGAAAAUUUGAUGCCCAGGGCAAGUCAUUCAUCAAGGACGCCUUGAAGUGUAAAGCCCAUGCUCUGCGGCAGAAGUUCGGCUGCAUAAGCCGGAAGUGCCCUGCCAUCAAAGACAUGGUGCUUCAGUUGCAGCGGGAAUGCUACCUCAAACACAAUCUGUGCGCAGCCGCACAGGAGAACAUCCGGGUCAUAGUGGAGAUGAUCCAUUUCAAGGACUUACUGCUGCAGGAGCCUUUCGUGGACCUUGUGAAUCUGCUGCUAACCUGUGGGGAGGAGGUGAAGGAGGCCAUCACCCACAGUGUGCAGGCUCAGUGUAAGCAGAACUGGGGGGACCUGUGUUCCAUCCUGAGCCUCUGCACCUCAGCCAUCCACAGGCCGGCCACAGUGCCUCCUGAGCACCAGCUCCAGAUGGACAGAGCCAGACUCUCCCGGGCCCACCACGGGGAGGCCAGCCACCACUUCUCAGAGCCCAGCAGCAGGGAGAGCAUCCGAGGUGCCAAGGGCGAGCGUGGCAGCAAGGGCCCCUCAAUUGCCCAUGCCCGCAGAGCUGGGGGCCUUGGGGCCCAGGGACUUUCUGGAAGCAGUGAGUGGGAGGACGAACAAUCUGAGUAUUCUGAUAUCCGGAGGUGAAACGAAAGGCCCAUCCAUGAAACCGUUCCUCCACAACGUCCAUUUUCUUACCUAUGGACAUUCCAAAACAUUUACCAUUAAAGAGGGGGGAUGUCACAUGCAGGAUUUUGUGGGGAUUGUGGACUUCGUGAAGGUGUAUGAACAGGUGAGACAGCUCCUAAGGCAGCGAGGUCUCAGAGGUGCCUAGAGGAUCAGGCCCUCACACAUACUCAAGGGAAGCCCCACGUCCUCCUGUAACUUCGUCUUCUUUCCAUCCACAGAGCCAGUGGGUGGUGGGCACAUGAUGCACUCUGUCAUGGGGGAGGUGAGGCAGGGAAGGGCAGGUGAGCAGGCAGCCUACCUGGGCUGGACCACACGAGGGGUGUAGGCUCCACCUGCAGCCUUUGUAGCAGACAGGCGUGUGGUUUCCAGGGCAAGAGUGAACAGAAAGUGUCACGAGCAAUGCAGGGCAAGGGUGGUAAGGAGGCAGGGGCCACAGGCAGGAGCCACGGCAGUGCUCAGUGCCAAGCUACCUGCACGGGACCUUGCGACUCAGAGCUGCUGGAGGGGGAGGGGGGAGUGUAAUUUCUAUGUGUAAUUUCUGAGCCAUUGUUCUGUCUAGGGGACACAGUCUGAGGGAUUGGCCCCUGUGUGUUUAUAUUUUAACCACUGCUUCAAAUCUUGAUUUCACUUUUUUAUUUAUCCAAUGACAUCUACAUAUCUGUCAUCUAAAUAAAUGACUUUCAAACAAAGCAACUGGGUCAUUAAAACCAGCUCAAAGGGGCAGAGUAAACAACCCCAGCCCAUCCUUUGCAACUGAAUUUUUAAAGUGCAAUUUAAGAAGAAAAUAAACGGCAUUGUACUGACAUGGCCUUAUAUCAACCUGGGACAAACCUCCAGCCUGGAAGGAAACGCAUACACGGGGAGUCUGUUUGACGGAUUCCCUUAGGCGUUGCUAUCUCACCUUGACCCCUAGCCAAGGCCUGGGGAGCACUGUGCCCACAGGCGAUCCUGUACAGCUGAGAAGGGAACCUGGCUCCUGCAUACUGAAGGACAGAAAGGGAGAAG